CAUGAUCCAAACUCCCUCCAUUGUUGAUGGCGGACAACAGAUUCUGCUUGAUUUUUCAGAUACAGAGACCUCCCACAACUCACCAAAAAUGUCAUCUCUUCGCUCUCCAUUCCUAUCUCCUCCUUCUUCUCCACUAAACCUUUCUUCAUCUUCUCAGUUUCACUCGCUUUCCUUCAGAUGCUCAAGAAAUCAACGAUCCCCUGCUUCCUAUCCUCACCUCAUCAAAGCCGAGCUCGAUCCGAAUACGGUGGUCGCAGUAGCGGUGGGGUUGGUGAGCGUUGCGGUGGGAGUUGGUGUACCAAUUUUCUACGAAUCGCAGAUUGACAACGCGGCAAAACGAGAUAACACACAGCCGUGCUUCCCCUGCAGUGGAACCGGGGCACAGUCGUGCAGAUUUUGCACCGGAAGUGGUAAUGUAACGGUUGAGCUUGGAGGCGGCGAAAAAGAAGUGUCGAGAUGCAUAAACUGCGAUGGUGCUGGUUCAUUGACUUGCACCACAUGUCAAGGCAGUGGAAUUCAACCUCGAUACCUUGACCGCAGAGAAUUCAAGGAUGAUGACUAGAGAGAUGUUUUUGAGGUAAUUAACCUCAUUUACUGUAAAAGAUGAAUGAACAUCUUUCUUUCUUCCAUUUUCAUAUAAUAUAUAUUUUCUUUUGUAAAUUUCCUGAAUUAUUUAAUUGUUGUUGAGCCAUUUUCCCCUUUAUAAGAGCUACAAAUUGUUGAUAUUAA